GUUAAGUACAUAAGUCAAGCGGCGCCGUUAGUACAGUUGGAAGAACUACACAUGCACAUCAGACUAAAUACUUAUUUAGUGCAGCAGAAACAAGUAUCACAGAUAAAUGGUUAAAAAAAAGGGGGUAAGGGGUGGCUUGAGAGGAAGAGAAAAAAAGCCACGAGUGAUCAAUAGCUGGCUGUCUUGUUGAAAAUUGCUGCAGUGUUUUAAAGGAGUCGUGUAUUCUAAAGGGAUUGACAGAGCGGGGCAACUGAGCCACAUGUCACAUGUGCUUCGUAGGAAGAAACGGGGCAUCUGCAAGCUGGAGGAGGAUGCUGCGGCAAGUGAUUCACAGAGGGCUUAAAGCUUCUUUUUACUGGCUCGGCUUAUUUGUUAGCAAGCAUCCAGUGUUUUUCCUCACUGUUCCCACAGUCUUAACCAUCAUUUUUGGAUCCACCGUCGUGAGCAGAUUUAAGCCCGAAACAGACCUAGAGAUUCUGGUUUCCCCGACCCACAGUCUGGCAAAAAUAGAAAGAAGUCUGGCGAACAGUCUUUUCCCCAUCGAGCAGUCCAAAAACAAGCUGUAUUCAGACCUGCACACUCCUGGCAGAUAUGGCAGGCUGAUCCUGCUCUCGAAAUCCAGGGAAAACAUUUUGGAGCUACCCAAUCAAGUCCUGCAGGUCCACAAAUCGGUGCUGGAUUUGAAAGUUAAUUAUAAAGGUUUUAAUUACACUUUCGCGCAUCUGUGUGUCAUGAGCAAUCGGGAUAAGACAUGUCUUUUGGAUGAUAUUAUUUCGAUUUUCGAGGACCUCCAGCAAGCUGCCGCUUCAAACAGCACACCUUCCAGGGUGCAAGUCAGCUAUCCAAACACCAGAUUAAAGGAUGGCAGGAUUUCUUUCAUUGGCCACCAGUUGGGAGGGGUCACAUUUGCAGCAAACAGCAGAGAUCAGCAAUUCAAGACUGCCAGAGCAGUCCAGAUUACUUACUACCUCCACAACUAUGGCAACGCAAACCAGGACGUCAUUGCUGAGAAAUGGGAAAAUGAAUUGUCCAAGCUCAUGCUCAAACUCUCUGCAGUCAACGAAGACCUUUAUAUCCAAUCACUGACCUCAUUCAGUCUCUGGAGAGAUUUUAAUAAAACGGGCAUGUUGGCAAGGAGUGAGGUGUUGGUGAGUCUGGUGCUGAUUCUGCUGGCAGCCACAGUCUUCAGUUCUAUGAGGGACUGCCUUCGAGGAAAGCCUUUCCUUGGGCUGCUGGGUGUUCUAACUAUCUGCAUCGCCAAUGUUACUGCAGCAGGGAUAUUUUUCAUUACAGAUGGAAAGUAUAAUUCUACACUUCUGGGAGUCCCCUUCUUUGCUAUGGGUCAUGGAACAAAAGGAGUUUUUGAACUGCUUGCAGGGUGGAGAAGAACUCGAGAAAACCAGCCUUUCAAAGAAAGAGUAGCAGAUACCUUUGCAGAUGUGAUGGUUUGCUACACCAUGACUAGCUCCAUGUACCUCCUUACAUUUGGCAUGGGGGCCAGUCCCUUCACCAAUAUUGAAUCAGUGAAAAUAUUCUGCCAGAACAUGUGUGUUACGAUCCUUGUGAACUACUUCUAUGUCUUUUCUUUUUACGGCUCAUGCUUGGUCUUCGCUGGUCAGCUGGAACAAAACAGAUACCACAGUGUGUUCUGCUGCAAAAUACCAUCUUCAGAGUAUUUAGAAAGGCAGCCUACAUGGUUCAAGACAGUGAUGAGUGAUGGGCAUGAUCUUUCUACACAUCACGACAGUGUCCCCUAUCAAAAUCACUUCAUUCAGCACUUCCUACGGGAACACUACACAGAAUGGAUUACCAAUACGUAUGUGAAGCCAUUUGUUGUAAUAUUAUAUCUAAUUUAUGCAUCAUUUUCUUUCAUGGGGUGUUUACAAAUUAGUGAUGGAUCAAACAUAGUCAACCUCUUAGCUAGUGACUCGCCAAGUGUCUCCUAUGCACUGACCCAGCAAAAAUACUUCAGUAACUACAGUCCUGUAAUUGGGUUUUAUAUUUAUGAGCCGAUAGAGUACUGGAACACAACCGUACAAGAACAUUUAAAUACAUUAGGUCAUGGGUUUAAUAGAAUAUCAUGGAUUGAUCAUUACUUUCAGCAUUUAAAAGUCAUCAACAUUACUACUCCAACCAAAAGUGAUUUUAUAACUGUUCUGCAAAAUUCAUUCUUGAUGAAAAAAGAAUUUCAGCACUUUAAGGAUGACAUAAUUUUUUCCAAAACAGGGGAUGAAGUCGAUAUCAUUGCAUCCAGGAUGUAUAUGGUUGCCAGAACCAGCGAGAACACAAGGAAAGAGGUUGUUGAAUUGCUCGAACGGCUAAGGCCAUUGUCUCUUAUCAACAGCAUCAAAUUUAUUGUGUUUAAUCCUACCUUUGUGUUCAUGGAUCGCUACAGCUCCUCCAUCAUAUCACCCAUUCUGACGUCUGGAUUUAGUGUCCUGAUUGUCUUAGUCCUGACCGUCUUCCUGGUUAUUAAUCCACUUGGUAACUUUUGGUUGAUAAUCACAGUCACCUCAGUAGAGUUAGGCGUUCUUGGCUUGAUGACGUUAUGGAACGUAGACAUGGAUAGCAUAUCUAUUCUGUGCCUUAUUUACACUUUGAAUUUCGCGAUGGAUCACUGUGCACCUCAUCUUUAUACUUUUGUAUUGGCAACCGAGCACACCAGGACUCAGUGCAUAAAGAUCUCCUUGGAGGAGCAUGGGGCAGCCAUUUUGCAAAAUGCAUCCUGUUUUCUCAUUGGGCUGGUGCCCCUUGUGUUUGUGCCUUCAAACUUGACCUUUACACUGUUUAAAUGCUCUCUACUUACCGCCGGUUGUACAGUGCUGCACUGCUUUGUGAUAUUACCUGUUUUUUUAACGUUUUUUCCACCAUCGAAAAAGAGGCAGAAGAAAAAAAAACGUGCAAAGAGAAAAGAGAGGGAGGAAAUUGAAUGCAUAGAGGUCAGAGAUAAUCCUGAUCACGUGACUAAUGUUUGAAGAGCCCUCUAUUAAAAUGAAAGGGAAUCUACUUGAUGGAAAAUAUCUUGGUUUGGCGAAAUAUGGCACUUAACAUGGGUUUACAGUGAUUGGGCUGGCCGCUUAGUUGGGCAGAGAUAGGUCAUAAUGACCCACACAGUCAAGCAGCUCAGAUGCUAAGGAAAAAUGCCAUUCUUCACUAAUGUACUUACCAAUCGGCAAACAUAAAAAGUGAUUUUAUUCCUCUGUAUUUACUGUUUUUAUACUUUAACUGACCAUUAAUGAAACUGGGAUUCCACAUCCUUGAAAUGGAAAUCUGAAAGACAAUUAUUCUAACAUACAUCAAAGGAGAGAGGAACAAGCCUGGGGUAGCUAUAUGCUCUUCUUAUCAAAAGUAUUAAUUAAUUAUGUAUUUCAUUUCCAUAACCACUUGCAGUUUAAUUAAAUCAUAUAUGAUUAUUAUUUAAUAAGCAUUAAUGAAGAAUGACAAGUUAUAUUAAAGAUGCAGUGAUACUUAGCUGAAAUGAGAUGUUCGGCUAAUGCUAGCGUAACAAAAUGUGAAAGAUGAAUUCCAUAAUCAUGAUAGAUCAGUAGCCUAUAUGGUUAUAGUUGUAGUGGACAAAAUGACUAUUUGGUGCAGUGUAUUUGUUUGUAAUCUGUUGAAGGAAGCCACAUUUCACGCCUGGGACAUUAGUUCUUAUCCAGUUGAAGUAUGCAUUUCUUCUAUUGCUCCAUCUAACGGAUGUGUGGGCAUUAGUAUUCUGAUGUACUCUGAGGACUUUAGCCUUGUUCUCAAAAGUCAAACGUAAUGGUGUAAUUCACUGUAGCACACGGCACAAUAUGGAAGUCUCUGCUACAGUGAAAUUAGCGGUUGUACUGCGCUAUUAAACAAAACAUUAAAGCAAAAUAAUAGGUUAAAGUAAAAUAAUACGAUAGUGCUAAAUAAUAGGUCUAUAAGAACUCUUGACAACUACAUGUGUUUAAAAAAAAAGAAAAUAAGAAACCAUCAUAAACUACAAUUAUAGAAAAAAUCUAAUAAAUCAUUUGCGUUUAACAUCCAGAUACAAUGGGCAAAUUCCAUUAUUAAUAGUCUAUUGACAACCUGGUAUUAAAGGCUACUAAUGUAAGAUAUUGCACCCUCCUUACAACAAAGCUUUUUGUAUACAGUGCAAAUGAGCAUUUAGUGCAGUUACCGUUUACCGCUAGACAGAACUUUCAUGAAAGUUGAGCAAGAAAGCUGCAUAUGUUUCUUUUGGUCCAUUAUUAAUGAAGGCAUUCUCAUGUUUGCCAUUUAGGGAUUUUAAAUGGGUUCAGAAAUAACAUACUGUAGAAGUAUCAUCAAAAUUACUCUGCUAUGUAUUGAACUAAAUGAGAGAAAUACUGUCCCAUGUUGUUUCCAAUGUGUUAAAACUUUGAUUGCUGGGAAGCAAGAACUAUCAUCUAUCUUUUUAACAGUGGGUAAAAAAUGUAAUACAAAUACAUCUACAUGUUCCAAAAUGUCAAAUGAAUUAAUUACUGUACAAUGCAGUGUUUCAGAACAUUAUCUUGUGAUACAGAUUCUGGUUUUGAGCUUCGAAACAUGUUGUAACCACGAAAGGACUCUGUAAUGAAGUGCAAUCAAGCAUUGUUUAAAUGUUAUCGUUGACAUAUCAGGGGAAAUGAUCUAUGGACUGUAAACAUGCCAAUCUGUACAUACAGCCUUGUAAUUAAUUCCCAAUGGGAAACUUUCCACUAAGCAUGGGCUCAAAGGAUUCCUCAAAACAACAGCUUUUAGUUAAACAUUUAUAUAUAUUAUUUAUUUUAAUUAACUUUAAUUAUUUUCUUCAAAAUAUUACAUGCUUUGAAAUGGAUAUGAUGCUAACAGCCAUUUUCUCAUUAGAAACCCCCCCCCAAAAAACACGUUUUUAUUAAAUAAAUGUUUAAUUUGGAUCAUAGCGAAAAAUAUGUAUAUACAUACAUUUGAUAUGGUGAUAUACAAAUUUAAUAAAAAUUUAAAUACAGUAAUUCGCCUGUUUUUUAAAAUCCAAAGGCUCUGUGUAGGCAAGAGUGAUCAUUAAAUGUAUUCAAAUGUAUUAUUGAAUGUAAGCCAUUGCAUUUUUAAUAUAUGUCAUACAUCAUUCAUUUAUAAUGAGAAGACAUUGUACAAUAUAUGCUAACUGUGAUAUAAAAAAGAACCCGCAUUCAUUUCCUCCCCAAACUGACUACAAAAGCAUGGCAUUAUACUGUAUGCUUGCAUGUUAUGAAAUUACGAGUAGCCCGUUAUGAUUUAGCCGUUGGAUUUAUUUUAAUUUUAAUGGAUAUUUCACAGAUGAUCUUGAAAAAUUCCAAAAAGCAUUUUAUGAGAUUGAAGUAAAUUUAUAAAUGGCAUUUACCUACAUGUGAAAAAGGGUUACAUGUAAAUUCAUUAUAUGCAUCACUGGUUCAAGCAAUAAUGAUGACACAAGUGAACUAUGUUGAUGUUAUUUAUCACUCUCCAAUACGAUUACAUAGUUUUCUGACAUUUGAUUGAUAAAUAUUGUUCAUCAAACUACAGAAUAAUCUUUUAUGACAUAUUUCAGCUUAUUUACUUUGUUGCAUUUUAUAUUCAAUGUUUUUCUUUUUACUUAGUUACUGUAGCACACUUGUACUGGUACGGUAGCAUGGUAAUGCAAUAGAUUACCAAUGUGUAAUGGCAAACUCAAUCUUGUUCCCAUUGUUAUUGUCAGAGAUAUAGUGGCACCAUUUUAUGAUUGGCUCAUACCAUUGUAGCUGACCUUGUGCUGCCAUUGCCCAUAUUACAUACUGCUUAAAUUGCCAUUUUGAUAUUGCCUUUAUUUAAGCUUAAUUCCAUCUUCAAAGUUUUUUUCUUUUCUUUUUUUUCCUGACUCUUCUCUUUCAUUGGUCGCCCUAAUGUUUUUAUCUUUACAUUUAUGACUAAAAACUGAGCCACAUAGUUGAAGCAUGUUUUGAAUUUCUUAAAUACUGCGACCAACGAUCUGCUCAACACUUCUGCCAACAAGUAAUUUACUGUAUGCGCUUGACUUGUCUGUACAGACAGCAGCAUGUGUUUUGGUGUUUUGCUAUAGAAUAAAGUGGACAAUAUGCAACACUGACAGACUUGCAUUGUAGUAGAUGCUUGUGCAUGACAUUUCCAGUUAUAUGCAGGAUGAGUGGUUCCAAGCCACAUUCUGUACCUAUUUAACCAUAUAUGAGACACUGGUUCUGAAUUAGUAGAAUAUUAAGCAUAUUUUAAUAUAUAGUCUUCACCAAAAUGCUUUAAAAAAGUGAAUGAUUGAUUGAUUUAUCAAAACCUUGACACGUUCUGCGAACAAUUGGCGUGCAAUUAAUUUCAAAUACAAGUGCAACCAAUAAAUCAAUUAGAUCAGAGGGAUGCAUUUCAGACCAUUAACCAUUCAACAAGGACUGCUGUAAACAAGACAUAACAUGACCAAUAAUGCAUCAAUCCAUGUUUAUACAGGUGGCAAAAAUACAUGUAUUACUUGUUAUGUAGGCCUAAUUCAAUUGUAUAUAAUUAAACUACUUAACAAGUAAUGUUGAACAACAAUAUUUAGAUUGAAAAAAAAAAAUUGAACUACAGUAAAACUUUAGUGUGAGAGCUUAUAUCAAGCCAAGAUCACUCUGCUGCAAACAUUCCAUUUGUAAAAUGUAAAUUUCUUCUGAAAAAAUGUUCCUGACUUGUGACAUGAAAGCGGGUUUGUCAUUUCCAUUUAUUAAAGCAGGGACAUUGUUGGAUUAAUGAUUAGGCGUGGGUUUACAAAACUGUAUGUUGGUUUGGUCAUUCCAAAAGCUGUCUAGCCGAUACUGUGGCCAUCAAAACUGUUCAUUGUGAAUCAAAGUGUGUUCCAGGAGUGAAACUUUAAAGAAGGUAAACCACUGCAUCCAAUACUUUUGUACAAUUGUGAUAUUACUCUUCACAACAGUCACUGGCAGGACGCAUUUGUGAUCAGAUGCUCAGAUAGCAAUACAGCAAUAUAUUUAGAAGCUUUUAGAAAAUUAAUAACCAAUGGUCCGAGGUCAAAUUGCAUGUAUGUUUCUAGGUGGAUGCACAACAAGGUAAUAGAUACAUAAUGGUAACUAUGUGCUGUAGAGACAGAUUAGUAAACCAGACAACAAGAAAAUAUGACCAGUUCAGUGUUUAAUGUGAAUGUCUAAUACUGUACUAGCAAUGAUUAAUUUCAGUUGUUUUAAUAAAUAAGAAAAACAUGACAUAGUAUACAAUAAGAGAUGGAGAUACAGAUAUAUGAUGUAUAAUAUAUAGCGCUUCAUCCUUACCAAAUGAUAUUGCCACAUAAACUACUGGUUUCACAGGCUCUGAUUAGAACUACCUUACGUAAUUUAACAUUGAGUAGUCCAAAACUAGUGCUUAUUAAGGGCUUUGAAACCAGCCGAAAGGAUAUAUCUACAGAUACUUUCCCCAUGCUUACAUGAAAAUUCCAUUGGUGGGGUUUCCAUGGACAAAUAAAAAUAACUCUCAGCUUUUUCUCACGCUGUUUUGGUAGUACCCUUUGGGUAAUUUGGGUUUCCAUGUAGUAUUACUUCUCCUUCCAAAUGUAAAUGACCUAAUUAAUAUUAAAAUGUGGGAGGGUAUAUUUAAAUGUUUGAGUUACUUGGCCUUGCACGACUACUGAUAUACAAAUAUACAGUCUAAAUCCAACUGUAAUACUAAUACAGUGCUUCCUACAAAUAGCUCUCUAACAAAGGUUCCUGACAACGUACCGUUUAUAAUGGUGGAGCACUGCAGAUAACAAUGGGCUCAAUCCAAUCAAAUAUCAGAUUUGGGCAAAAUAUAUCUUUAGAAAUAUUAAAUGUAUACUGAAUAUUGUCCUGUAUGUUUAAAUGUGUAACGUGUAUUUCCCAAGCUGUUUUUGGACAUUAUUGCUAUUCCAUUGUAACAUAGCUAUUUAAUUGACAAUUUAACACCUUUGUGUGUGUGUGUGUGUGUGUGUCUAUAUAUAUAUAUAUAUAUAUAUAUAUAUAUAUAUAUAUAUAUAUAUAUAUAUAUAUAUAUAUAUUCCUUUUACUUUAAAAUUGUAUACAUGUAAUCCCCACUUUAUUUCCACACUCUACUGAGAGCUCUUGAGACAUGUUUGGUACUAAUUUGCAAUUUACAGUAGUAUCCCCUCCCUGCUUCCUGCACCCCAAUAAUUAAACUAAUGCUUAAUUCAAUGAGCUGCUACAGACAUAUGCUGUUAAUGAAUACUUCGAAUGGAAUCCCCCAACAAUGCUACAGUAUAUCACUUAUAUACAAUGCAAUCUUGUUUUGUUUUGCCAGAAUGUACACAGUUACGUUCAGAUGAGUGCAUAAAGUGUCUUCCAAAAAUGUCAAAUUAUUUUUUUAAAUACAGUGUGUAUGAACAUACCCCACAGACUGAAUAAGAUGUAUUUAUUUGUGUUACUAAUACAAACAAACAUGCUCUACUUAACUGGAAUGUAAACCUCUCCCCUGAAAAUGAGGAAUUUAUUUGAAUUCAUAACAUCACAUCCUUAGUACAAACAGGUUUGACAUUUAACAUAUAAAAUUCAACGUACAGAUGAGUAUAAAAAAUAAACGUAAUUCUACAGCAUAAGCUAAAAAUACAAAAUAAAACAAAGGUUACAACUUUGUAUGAUUACAAAAUAAUUCUCACACGAAGUAUAAUUAAAGAUGCGUUUAUGAAUCUACAAAUGUAGGGUAGAAAAUAGUAACUUCUGCAGCAAUUUUAUAACACUGGUAAGGAGCACUAAAUGAAACAGACGCAGCUGAAAAAGAAAAGUUAAUUAUUAAAUUAUAAGGAAUGUUUAAUCUGGAUUUUACUGCUGUAUGAAUAAUAUAUGCUGUUAAAUGCUAUAAUCACUUUAAAUGUAAAACAUUUUUAUACACCUGCAAUGCUUGAGCUAAAUCUAAUGCCUGAGUGAUUUUUUUUUUUUUUAAUUAAAAAUAAUGG